GUGGCACGUGUGUGCUAGCCAGUAUUUCUUGAUUUUACUACAUCAAUAUGUGCAACAUAUGUAUAUAAUAUGUAAUUAACUUUAUUAAAUUUAAUGUCUAGUCUGUUUAUGUAUUUUGUAUAGUGCGUUAUCGAGUCAGCUACCGAUCGUGUUAGCUUAUCAACUAUGUAAAUCUUUAAAAGUGACGAUGUCUGCUUUACCCUGGAGACCCCACACCAGCCAUGUUGUGGGUCAGGAUCGGAAUAGUUUGACGAACUCCGACAAAGAAACGAUCAAGAUUUCUCACCAAGUAAAUGGACGUAAAACGAGCAAAGCCAAUUACAUAGAAUUACACACAGAAUGUGAUCAGAAAAGAAGAAAAAGAAAAUCAGAUGAUAUUCAGGAACAUGACUGUGUCAGACCUAGUGAUGUUUUUGACUCUUUAUUGGAACAGACAGAUGAUUUGCAAACAAAAAGACCCAGAAGUAACCCACAGACAUGGACCGCUGGAGUGAAGUCUGCAGUAUUACUUGGUGACAGCUGGGAGGUUGACAGUGGCUUUUCAUCUGAGAUCAGUCCAUCCACUAGUGGAAGGAGUUCUCCAAUUGUGGGAAUUGAUCGCUUAAACGUAGUAGCUAUGGACUGUGAGAUGGUGGGCACGGGGCCGGGGGGCCGGUGUAGUGAAUUGGCACGCUGCAGCAUUGUAAAUUAUUACGGUAGUGUUAUUUAUGACAAAUACAUUUUGCCUGGGCAGCGUGUCACAGACUUCAGGACUCGAUGGAGUGGCAUUAGGAAACAUCAUUUAGCAAACGCUGUACCUUUUGAGGAGGCUCAGAAUGAGAUUGUUGGCAUCUUGAAAGGGAAGGUUAUUAUUGGUCAUUCCCUCUUCAAUGACUUCAAGGUUCUGGACAUCACGGUUCCAGCAAACAUGAUUAGAGAUACCUGCUCCUGCCGGCUGCUUCGAGAGUUGUAUGAAGCCUCACAUAGAUGCAUGGUGUCUUUGAAGAAACUCUCCCAAAGGCUACUCAGUAGGAACAUACAGGUUGGCAGAAAGGGUCACUGCUCUAUAGAGGAUGCACGUGCCACCCUGGACCUGUACAAGCUGGUAGAGGACCAGUGGGAAAAGGACUUCUCCCGAAAUUCAACAGAUCAUACCUCAGACCCCAACUACUCCCUUGAGGACUACAUGCAGGACCAGUAUUGGCCUGAAAGUGUAAUGGAUUGCAGUUCAUAAUACAAAGCAGAAUAAGAGUUAGGACUGAGAUUGUGGUCUUCAUUUCUAGAAAAUGUAUUUCGUCUGUUAUAAUGUUAUUUAAACAUUGUUUAAUAUAUUUAAACAUCAAAUGGGAUAUGUUAACAUUCUUUAAUGCCACAUUACUACAGUCUUAGUGUGAUAAUACAGGGGAAAUUGUGAGCCGAAGGUUGUUGAACUGAAACGUUGCACUUAAAUUCUAUUUAAAGAGCAUUUAUGUGGUUAUCAUAUAGAGAACUUAACUUUGUGAAAGUUUUUAAUGUUCAUUAAAGGAUUCAAAAUGGUAAUGUUUUAAAUAGUGCUAUUUGAAUCAAGAUUUGUGGGUUCACUUACUGAAAUAAGGGUCAAUAUAUCAAGUCUUGACAAUUGAGAAACUGCUGCUUUUCUACAAUUUGUAGAUACUACUACAUAUUCCUGUUUUCACUGACAACCCAUUCGUCCAUAAAAGACAAUAUGUAGUUUGGUUACAAAAUGAAAUUUUUCAAUAAAGCAUGGAUACAAA